UCAACCCUCCGCCAUCAGUGGCCGUUAAAUCUGAACAGUCUUUCACUUUCAGUCAGUCAGAUCUUCUUCCCCCAAAUUCCCAAGUCAAACCAACUCAAACAACAACAAUGUCGGCCCGCUUCCUCCUCCUCCUCGCCCUCACCGCCUUCCUCCUCGCCUCCAAUCCGGCUUCAGCUUCCUCCUCCUCCUCCGCCACCGACGUCGACGACGAGGACCUCAGCUUCCUCGAAGACGACGACGACACCGGCGCCGAUCACACCGCCCAGCACUACCCCGAUUCCGACCACUUCGACGACGAAGACGAAGACUUCGCCGGCGAAGGAGGAGGCGAAUUCGAGAACUACGACGAUCUCGACGACGGCGGCGACUCCGAUCCCGACGCUUACAACAAGGCUCCCGAGGUCGACGAGAAGGACGUCGUCGUUUUGACCGACGGCAAUUUCAGCGAUUUCGUCAAGGACCGGAGGUUCGUGCUCGUGGAAUUCUACGCUCCCUGGUGCGGCCACUGCCAGUCGCUGGCGCCCGAGUACGCGGCGGCGGCCACGGAGCUGAAGGGGGAAAAAGAUGUGGCGCUGGCGAAGGUGGACGCCACGGAGGAGAGCGAGCUGUCUCAGGAGCACGAUGUGCAAGGGUUUCCCACUCUGUAUUUCUUCGUCGACGGGGUUCGCAAGCCUUACCCUGGCCAGAGGACCAAAGAGGCUAUUGUUACGUGGAUUAAGAAGAAGAUUGGACCUGGAAUCUCCAAUGUCACCACAUUGGAUGAUGCGGAGCGGAUUUUGACUUCCGAGAAUAAAGUCGCCUUGGGUUACCUUAACUCCUUAGUGGGUCCUGAGAGUGAAGAGCUAGCUGCUGCUUCAAGGCUUGAAGAUGAUGUUAACUUCUAUCAAACGGUUAACCCGGAUGUCGCCAAGCUUUUCCAUCUCGAUGCUAAAGCUAAACGUCCUGCCUUGGUCAUGAUUAAGAAGGAGGACGAGAAAUUAAGUUAUUUUGAUGGGAAUUUCUCCAGGUCUAGCAUAGCCGAGUUUGUAUUCGCGAACAAGCUUCCUCUGGUUACCAUUUUCACCAGGGAAAAUGCUCCAGCAGUUUUCGAGAGCGAAAUCAAGAAGCAGCUAAUUUUGUUUGCCAAUAAAAAAGACACGGAGAAAGCGCUCGCACCAUUCCAAGAAGCUGCUAAACUGUUCAAGGGAAAGCUCAUUUGUGUAUAUGUCGAUAUGGAAAAUGAAGAUGUUGGGAAGCCUGUCUCUGACUAUUUUGGUAUCACAACUUCCCCCAAGCUUAUUGGAUACACUGGUAAUGAAGAUACAAAGAAAUUCAUAUUCGACAAGGAAAUUACUGUGGAUAAUAUUAAGGCUUUUGGACAGGACUUCAUUGAUGACAAGCUCAAACCAUUUUUCAAGUCUGACCCAAUUCCAGAAAAUAAUGAUGGAGAUGUCAAAAUAGUGGUUGGGGAUAACUUCGAUGAAAUCGUUUUGGACGAGUCAAAAGAUGUUUUCCUUGAGAUCUAUGCACCUUGGUGUGGUCAUUGCCAAGCUUUGGAGCCAACCUACAACAAACUUGCUAAACAUUUGCGUGGCAUCGACUCAAUCGUCAUAGCCAAGAUGGACGGAACAACGAACGAACAUCCCAGGGCAAAGUCUGAUGGUUUCCCCACGCUUCUUUUCUUCCCUGCCGGAAACAAGAGCUUCGAUCCGAUAACUGUAGACACAGACAGAACUGUGGUAGCGUUUUACAAGUUCAUCAAGAAACACGCAUCGAUCCCCUUCAAGCUUCAGAAGCCAGCUUCUACAACGAAGCCAGCAUCCGAAUCCGAGACUGAAGUUCAGGAAACCAGCAGCAGCACAAAGGACGCGAAGGACGAAUUGUGA